CCGCAAUCCAUAAAGACAGGUAGAUUUCUUCUACUUGACGGAGCAAAUUUCCAUCUCCGUGUAGGACAAAAUUGGAAGAAAGAUCUAGGAUUCAUACUGUAACUGCCUGAUCAUCAGUUUCCCAGCAUUUAGCUGCACAGAAUGGGGAGCAACUCGAAGACAACUCUUCUUUACAUCCUCGAGGACCUCUUAGAGGAGGAGUUCACAACGUUCAAGUUUCAACUAGCAAACAUAGCUAUUUCUGAGGAGUACCGCCGCAUACCUCGGAGCACCCUCCAUCAAGCAUCCCGAGUGAAACUUGCUGACCUACUGAUACAGUUCUACGGGGACGGAUACUCCAGGAUUGUGACCAAGGAGGUCCUGAUAACCAUAGGCCAGCGCAACCUAGCAGAGAAGUUAAGUCAGGGUAUAGAAAACCCUGGAUCUUCCAUUGAUAAUAAAGCUCCAAAGAAGAGGAAGCAAGAUAAAGAAACAGGACCAGAUGGAUUGCAAAAGAAAAUUAGAAAUAUAUUUAACAAAAAGAAGACAUCCAACGAAUCUGCUUCUAGUUCCAGAGAGCUUCAAUCAAGCAAUGAUAAAAAAGAAACAGCCCCAAAUCAACACUUUCUUCACUUACUCAGACAGCUUAACCUGGCAAGUUAUUAUCCCAAGAAAAUGACCAAAGUCAAUACUCUUUUGAUAAAUAAGACCUCCCUCUGUGACACUCAGCCAAAGGCUGAGGGGGAGCUACCAGUUUGUUUUCUAGAGAAACUUUUGGUAUUAGAUUAUCAUUUGCGGUACCUGGUUUACAGAGGCAAUUUAGAUACAGUAUCUACUGGGCCCCAGACACUUAAACCCACAGAACUAGGAAGAACAUUUGAGGACUUUUUCAUUAUAAAAAAAACAAAAUCAGCUUCAACACAAACUUACAUCCACCCAAUGGACAUACAAAUGGCAAUUUUUCACUGUGCAGAUGACUUCACAAGACAGUAUGUUUUAACCAAACUUUCCAUUUGUCAAUUUGCUCUCCCACUUUUGGUGCCCAGUCCUUGCAGUCCCCAAAUUGAGUUUCCUCUUUGGUCUCUCAGGCAAAUCAGGAGAAGCUGGAAAGAGGUGGAACAAAUGGGAUGGGAAAAAAAAAUUAAGAAUUAUAAUAACCAGCUGAUCAGUUGGCAGCCUAUACACACUGUAUCCUUCAUAAGCUUUGGAAAUUGUGUCUCUACUUCUAAAUCACAGAUUCUAAAUUCACUUCUGAGUAAAGGCAAACACGACCAUUUUUCCUACCAUCAUCCCAGGGAAGGCAAUAAUAGGUGUCUUUUGAUAGAAGGUAUGGUGGAAAUCUGCUGGUUUUUCCCAGGUGGGAGAGCUGAGGACAGAUUUGAAAACUGUAUUGCCUUCACCAAUCUCCAUGGAAAUGCUGAAACACAUGAGAGUCAGGUUAGAUUCCUACAAGAGGUAUCCUCAGUCACUGUCAUUCUCCUGUCAACUUCUGCUUUUGACAAAGUGAAUAGUUCCCUUUUACAUGAAAUUUGGAAUUCAUCCAAGCCUCUCAUCUGUUUGUUUGAAGAUGUAGAAAAUAUUAUGGAUGGGAAUUCUGUUCACAAAGUGAGAAUUGGAAUCAAGGAUUUAAAUAAGGUAGAAUUAGCUGGUAAAAUUACAGCUACAUUAUCACAAUUGCUAAAGAAGUCUGGAUCUCCUCACAGUUUGAGUGACUGGGCCAACGUUGCUAGGAAGUAUAAAUUUAUUAUUGACGAGAACCAAGAAGCUUGCCAAGAAGCAGAAAAAAGAACUAAAAUCCUUAUGGACAUCUUGAGAAAAGUGAAAUUAUCUGAGAUAAAGGAAAAGUUACUACCACUUCAGGGAAGUCUGUGGCAUGAUUGGUGUAAGAAGGAUAAGGAACUCCAUCAGCUGAGAGAAAAAGGAAAUAGGAGCAUUGAGAAAUACACACAGGAGAUUGAGAAGGAAAAGCAGAAAAUACGCUGUGAACAGUAUCACAAAGUUAUUAACCUUAGUGACCUGAUAAAUUACUUCCUUGAAAGUCUUCAGUCACACCCAGAGACCCAUAUAGAGCUCUACUUUCUGGAGGGGCUGAGUAUGUUAAUAGAUCAACUAACCACCAGAGAGUUAGACAACCUCCACCAGAAGCACAGUUUCCUGUUGGCUCAGGUGAGAACAGAGAAGGAGAAGCACUCAAAGAGAGAAUCCCUCCGAGACUGGGAGGCUGAGCUAGAUGCUCUUACCAAAGAGAUCAGGGACUCCACCCUGGGAAUUGAACAUCUCAUGAGAGAAGUUGGCCAGAUCUAUGAAGCUCUAGAAGAAGCUUCCUCCCAAACACAUACACUGUUUGUCUCCCUUCCCCAGAUGGCUGCUGACCUGAUGAUAUCUGGGAUUCCCAUUGAGCUGAUGGAUGGGGAUGCAUCUUAUGUGCCACUGAAAUGGGUGGCAGCUGUUUUUGACAAGGUCUCUGAGAAACUUGGAGACAAACGAGUAUUCGUUCUCUCUGUCCUGGGCCUGCAGAGCUCAGGGAAGUCUACUCUACUGAAUGCAAUGUUUGGGCUGCAGUUCAGUCUCAGUGCUGGAAGGUGUACCCGGGGGGCCUACAUGCAGCUCCUGAAGGUGGAAGAGAUGCUCAGGGAAGAGUUGGGCUAUGAUUUUGUGCUUGUUGUAGACACAGAAGGACUUCGGGCCUCAGCACUCAUUAACAAAGCACAGAAUGAGGAGAAUGAGUUGGCAACCUUUGUCAUUGGGCUCGGAGACCUAACUCUAAUCAACAUUUUUGGGAAGGAUCUAUCAGAAAUACAAGAUAUUCUGCAAAUAGCCAUCCAUGCCUUUCUCAGGAUGAAACAACUGAAUAUCUCCCCAAGAUGCCUAUUUGUUCACCAGAACAUAGAAGAAAUUAUAGAUACAAAUCAAAGCAUGGAAAGACGAAGGUGGCUGGGAGAGAGACUGGAUGAAAUGACACUUGCUGCAGCCAAAUAUGAACAAUGCUCAGAUGUAGCUACCUUCAACGAUGUCAUUCAGUUCGAUCCCAAGACCCACAUCCAUUACUUUGCUCACCUGUGGGAAGGUUCUCCCCCAAUGGCCCCCCCUAAUCCCUGCUAUAGUCACAAUGUUCAAAAGCUGAAGAGCAGGAUUCUUAAGAAUGCCAAAGAAGAAUCCAGGGGAAACAUCUUGAAGAUAUCAGAACUUAAAAUCCGAAUACGGGAUCUAUGGAGGGCCUUGGUGAAUGAGAAUUUCAUUUUCAGGUUCAAGAACACCCGGGAGGUCUUGGCUAUGAGUAAACUGGAGACCAUGUACAACAGGUGGACCUGGGAGCUGAGAAGUCAUGUGCUGGACUUAAAUAAUCAGCUGUCCAGCCAGAUUCGGAAUGGAGAAGCUGAGGAGAUCAAGAGAAGUUUGAUCGACAAUAAAAUUGUAGAUAAACAUGAAGCCAUUAAGCAAGAACUCCAAAGAUAUUUUCGAGAAGACAGAGAUAGAAAUAUCUUAGCUCAGUGGAAAGUAAAAUUUGAAGAUGAUUUGAAGAAUCUUAAAGAGGAGCUUACAGUAGAAACUAUGAGAAAAUGUGAGGAUUUAAUUAGCGGAAAGAAAGUACAAGACCUUUGGGAAGAGCAUCAAUUAAACUUUGAACAUAUGUUAUUAGAAAAAAUCGAAGGGAUGGCUGUGCCCACCAUUGGGAAAGAGCUGCAUGAUAAGAAGCUGAGAGAUCUUUUCAACAAGAUUUGGUCUGAGAAUAUCUCCAUUUUAUUGCCUGCUACACUCCCACCUGCUGAGGAUCCUGAUAUUGAUAUUGAGCUAGAGAACAUCCUCCUGGAGCAUUUUAAACAGCUUCCCAAUAUUGUGAACAAAAUUAGGUACCGUGAUACAAAGAAAACGUUUUGUAUCAAUUACUCUAAACAUGUUAUCACCUUUCAAAAGUUGCAAGUAUAUGGGCCCUCUCUGGAAGAGUUUGAAAAAGAUAUAAUAAACAAGACAACAGCUCAAAUUGUAAAGCUGGUUAAAGAAAUGAUGCAUAAAAGAGAACAACUGAAUGAGGGUUAUAGUUCUAGUUAUUUCCAUGAAAUUCUGCAAGUGAUCAAUCAGGAGGCUGAGGAUGCAUCUCAAGGAGCCAGAUUCAUGCUGACAAACAGAUAUAAACUAGAACUUGCCCUAGAGCUAUGUCAAGAGGCAGCAAACAGUUUUAAAAAGAUGCGCAUCACAUUCAAGAAAACAAACAACCCUGUCCUGUACCUAGAAAGUAAAAGGGAGGAAUUUUUUACUAAACUUAAGUUGUCCUAGAAAAACCAUUGAAACAUGGACUUAUUUCCUUUGGUGUAUAAUAUAGUUUCUGCUACCUAGGAAAAGGGGGUAAAUACUCAAAAAGCUGGUCAGAUCCUCACUUAGCUUUUCUCCUCUGUUACAUUGCUUUCGGUAAUGAGCAUUUUUGUGUUUUGUUGUGUUUUGUUUUUUGUAACCCAGGUAA